AUGGAAGGAGUCAGUGUGACCAUCUUUGUUACUGUGCAGAAGAUCUACUACCCACUACUUUGCAUCAUGGGUAUUCCAGCAAAUCUCUUCACCUUCUAUAUCAUCUGCUUCCGCAAAUGUGGCAUGUCUGACACGGCCAUGGUGUACCUCAGCUGUCUCGCCAUCGUGGACACCUUCUACGUGGUGUGGGUCAUCCUCAUUGACCUCACCCUCACCUUUUGGCUGCUGCAGCCCUUCUGGAACUCCCACCCAUGGUGCAGCAUCCUGGGUUUCUUGCAGUACGGCUCCCUGUACAGUUCCUCAUGGAUCGUGGUGGUGUUCACCAUCGAGCGCUAUCUGGCUCUCCGCAGCACAGCCAAGCAGCACUUCUCCCAGGCUCGGGUCACCAAACUGACCUGCACGGCCGUGGUUGUUGUGUCGCACUUGGCGUCGGUGCCACUGUGCUGGAUCAACGCUGUGGAGCCCGUCGACAUCACGGUGGAUGGAGAAAACGUAACCCUGCCUCGAUGUAACUACCGGGAUGAGACCUACUCCACCGUUAUUGUGUGGGUCACCACGUUCCUCUCAGGGGGAAUCCCCAUCGUGCUGGUCAUCAUCUUCAACUACCUCAUCGGGUGUCACCUGCACCGUGCCAGCAACCUUUUCACCAAGGAGGAGCGUCGUGUCAUCCGCGGGCGGAGCACCAGGGGGGUGUUAAGGAGGACCAUCCUCCUGCUGGGAACCGUCUCUGUGGCCUUUGUGGUGCUCAGCCUGCCUCGCUUUGUCACGUACUGCAUCCUGAGGACCGAGUACAACACGGCACACUUCAACCGAAACAACUACCGCAUCCCCAUCAACGUCGCUGGCGACGUGGCCAACAUGCUGCAGAACCUCAACUCCACCACAAACUUCUUGCUCUACUGCGUGGUCAGCAGGCGCUUCCGACAGGAGCUGGUUCGAACGCUGACUUGUAAAGCAACCACUCGUGACCCCGCCUCGUACGCCACGCAUACUUUGAACGUCUUUUCCGUCUCAGAGUGUAAGGCCACCGCAUCCCAAGACCAACCCAGUAGAAAAUCCCCAACCUUAUAA